UCUGAAGAAUCAGAUCAGACCAGAUCAUAUCAGAAAAAAUAAGUUCAGAUCAGAUAAGUUCAGAUCAUAUCAGACCAGAUCAGAUCAGACCAGAUCAGAUCAGGAGAAACAAGGUGAACUACACCCAAUCAUUACACAAAUACCUAAACAAACCAAGAUUAUAUUUUUCUUAAUUCACUCCCCGAUUCCAACCGGGAAUAACUUGAAGGAACAAAGAAAGUAAUUAAUUCAACCCAAAAGAACAACUACCAUUUGCACAAGCACCUUACCUUACCCCCUUGUAAGCUUCUCAAAAUUCAAAAAUCGAACCAUACAUUCAAACAUGUGCCCUUUCUAGACAUAACAAUGACCUGGGUCCCCUUUCUUGUAAAUCACACUAUCAUACACAUUCAUACUAUCUCAGUCACUAACUAAAAAAGUACAUCGAAAUCAACAAUCCACACACUUAACACUCUCUUUCAAUUCAAAUCCAAAAACUAUGCUUCCCUUUCAUCUCCUUCUUUGGCUUCACUCCUCUCACUCUGCUGCAACUACACCUGCAACACCUCGUUGCAUUCCUCCUUCAUUUCCAUUCCCCUUAAUAAACCAGCCAUGAAAACAACCACAUUCAUCCGUCUUCUCAUCCUCCUCCACCUCUCAUUUUCUCUCUCCUCUGCCGCCCUAAACUCGGACGGACUCUCUCUGCUCGCCCUCAAAUCCGCCAUCAUUUCCGACCCAACUCGCUCCCUCUCCACUUGGUCCGAGUCUGAUUCAUCCCCGUGCCACUGGCUCGGCGUACGCUGCACUCGUGACCGCGUUACUGACCUUUCUCUCUCUAACAAAGAGUUAACCGGCUACAUCCCCUCUGAACUCGGCGCCAUUCUCUCUCUUCGCCGUCUUUCUCUCUCCUAUAACAACUUCUCCAGCACUAUCCCAACUCGUCUCUUCAAUGCCACUUCUCUUACUUCCCUCGACCUCUCUCACAACUCUCUCUCCGGCCCUAUUCCGGCCCAGGUUGGCUCCCUUGUGGGCCUUCGUUUCUUGGACCUUUCCUCGAAUUUUCUUAAUGGGUCUCUUCCGGGUGGGCUCAGUGGGCUGACCUUAUUGGAAGGGACGCUUAACUUGUCGUUUAAUCAGUUUUCCGGCGAAGUUCCAGAGAGUUUUGGGAGGUUCCCGGUGAUGGUUAGCUUGGACCUCCGGCAUAAUAAUCUAACCGGGAAAAUUCCUCAGGUGGGGUCGCUGUUGAAUCAGGGGCCCACUGCGUUUGCCGGAAACCCUAAUUUGUGCGGCUUUCCGUUGAAUUCGCCGUGCCCCGAAGCACAAAACCCUAAUUUAAUUCCUUCAAAUCCUGAAAAUCCAGGCGACCCUAAAAUCCCUGAUUUGAUUGGUGAGGAGAAUACAGAAAAAGGGAGAAAGAAAAUUUCAAUGUCGUUGAUUUUAGGGGUUUUUGCAGUUUUGAUAGCUGGGGGUGUGUUGGUGUUUUUGUUUGUGGUGAGGAAGAACUUGAGGGCAAGGGAGGGUAGAAUGGGGAAUGACAAUGAGGAGAAAAUGGGGAGAGGGGAGGUGGUGAGUCACGUGAGGGUAGUGGUGGGGGAGGAGGAGGACGACGACGUUGACAAAGGGCAAAGGAGUAAAUUCGUGGUGGUGGAUGAGGAGGGUUUUGGAUUGGAAUUAGAGGAUUUGUUGAGGGCAUCAGCUUAUGUAGUGGGAAAGAGUAGGAGUGGGAUAGUGUACAAAGUGGUGGUUGGCGGUGGUAAAGGGUCAGGUGUGGUGCCACCAACGGUUGUUGCUGUGAGGAGGUUGAGCGAGGCUGAUGAUGUCACGUGGCGGCUCAGGGAUUUUGAGGCUGAGGUGGAGGCUAUUAGUAGGGUCCAACAUCCUAAUAUAGUAAGGUUGAGGGCUUAUUAUUAUGCACAAGAUGAGAAGCUAUUGGUUUCUGAUUUCAUCCGCAAUGGCAGCUUGUACACUGCACUGCAUGGUGGAUCCUCCAAUGAUUUAUCACCAUUAUCAUGGGGUUCAAGACUGAAAAUCGCACAAGGAACUGCAAAGGGUUUGAUGCACAUACAUGAGUGCAGCCCAAGAAGAUAUGUUCAUGGAAAUAUCAAAUCAUCCAAAAUUCUAGUUGACGAGGACCUUCAUGCAUACAUAUCUGGAUUUGGUCUGAACCGUCUUCAAUGUGGGCGUUUGAAAUCAGCAAAUCUGUCAUCAAAAAGGCCCAGUUUAAGCCAAUCCUUGUUAACUGCCUCCAAGAUCCUGGGUCCAUCUGUGGUUGCCUAUUCAGCCCCAGAAACCCAAACUAACGGUGGCAAGCUCACACAAAAAUGCGAUGUUUACUCUUUUGGGAUUGUGCUUAUGGAGAUAUUAACUGGUCAGCUACCAAGUGCGGGGCCUGACAAUGAUGAGAAAGGAUUGGAACACCUUGUUAGAAAGGUUUUCCUUGAAGAGAGAGCUUUAUCUGAGAUUAUAGAUCCAGCAUUGUUGCAUGAAGUUUAUGCUAAGAAGCAGGUGUUGGCUACAUUUCAUAUUGCUCUAAACUGCACAGAAUUGGACCCUGAGCUGAGGCCAAGGAUGAGAACUGUUUCAGAGAGCCUUGAUCGCCUCAACUUUCAAUGAAUGAGGAAGAUGGUAAAUAGUAUGUAAAUGCUACAACUACUUUGUUGAUUCCUUUUGGUGUAGAGGUACAAAUGAUUUCUAGUAGGACUGCUAACGCCGUUUAUUUUUGCUAAUUUCAUUUUAUCUCCCUACUCACUUUCAAUCUCACCUGAAAAUGAACUAAUGUAUGCACAGAUUGUGACGAUUAGGGCUCCGUUUAGUGGGGCAUAAAACAUUUUUAUUGUAAAAUGGUUUUCCAUGGAAAACAUUUUUUAAGGGAAAACACAA